AUGGCGCCCCCAGCUUCCAAAUGGUGGCAAGCCCCCGAAGACGCCGACCUCGAUUACGGAUUCGAAUCUGACGACAUGGAAGUUAGAUUCGCCAAACCUGCUCAGACUUCCCGCCGCCCUCGCUCCCGCGAAGAACUAGGAAAAUUGGGCGCACAAGCUCAGGAACCGGAUUCUAGUGAGAGAGGAGUAUUUGGAAAUAUGUCGUCUUGGUUUCACCGACAGGCUGGGUCGCAGAAUUCCCAACUUGCGACGACGGCGGUGCUCUCUGGUGCCGCUGUUGCGGGUGCGAUUUUUGGGUACCAGGCUUAUAGGAGGAAGGAGGCGGUACAUGACUUGAAGGCGUCUAUCCCGGGGCUUGAUGAGGAGCAUCACGCGGAGAAACUUACUCAAUACGGUGUCGCGGACAAUGGAACCCCUUUGAGCAAGGAGGAUGAGCGCAGCGCUGCUUUGGCUCGCAGGGCGCAGCAGGGGGACUACGAUGAUGACCUGAUCCUGGAACAGCUCGCCCGAAACCGUGUAUUCCUCACAGACGAAGGUCUUGCGAAGCUGCGAUCAUCAUUUAUCGUCGUCGUCGGCUGCGGAGGUGUUGGAUCGCAUGCCGCUGCCUCAUUGGCUCGCUCGGGUGUCUCCAAGAUCCGCCUGAUCGAUUUCGACCAAGUCACCUUGUCCUCGCUCAACCGUCACGCCUUGGCCACACUAGCCGAUGUUGGAACUCCGAAGGUACACUGUAUCAGGAGGCGGUUGGAGCAGAUUGCUCCCUGGGUGAUGUUCGACUGCCGCAAUGAGCUCUUUGGCAAGGAUGCCGCAGAUCGUCUUCUCGGCCCGUGGACCUUGACGCAUGAAGGGGAAGGACGUCGGCCGGACUUCGUGCUGGACUGCAUUGAUAACAUCACCUCCAAAGUAGACCUGCUGCAUUACUGCCAUAAGAACUCCCUGCCCGUGAUCUCAUCCAUGGGCGCUGGUUGCAAGUCCGACCCGACUCGCGUCGUGGUUGGAGAUAUCUCUACCAGCACAGAUGACCCCCUCUCCCGCAGCACACGGCGCAAGUUGAAGGCUAUGGGAGUCAGCUCUGGCAUCCCGACUGUGUUCUCGACUGAACGAUCUUCGCCUGGCAAGGCCAGCCUGCUCCCGCUCCCAGACGAUGAGUUUGCCAAGGGCCAGGUGGGCGAGCUCGGCGUCCUCCCCGACUUCCGCGUCCGCAUUCUGCCUGUGUUGGGCACGAUGCCCGCUGUCUUUGGCUACACCUUGGCCAACCACGUAAUCUGCAGCGUGUCCGGUUAUCCAAUUGAUUAUAACACAGCUGGAAAGGGCCGUGAGAAGCUGUACGAUGCUAUCUUGGCCUUCCUCACGGGCUUCCUGGAGAAGCAAGUGCGCCAAGUCGCCGGCCAGGAUGCUGUAGGCCUGCGCCUUCCGAUAAACAAGGAUGACAUCCAAUAUAUCGUGGAGGAGGUCUUUAGAGGCAAGAGCGUUGUUACCGGCCUGUCCACCCGGCUCGUGUUGAUUCCCUGGGAGGUGCCAUCUCGAGGAUUCACGAUGGACUUGACCUGGGAGCAGGACGGACAGAAACUUUACCCACUCGAUCCGGCGGAAUUGGUCUGUAUGACUAAAGACGAGGCCACGCGCCACGAGCGUGAGGUGCUUCGUGGGGGCAAGAAAGUGGAGGAAGUAUAUGACGAGACCGUGCUGCAACGGGUGAGCCUGCGGAAAAAGGAAACCGAAGAAUGGAAGAAAGAAACCGAAGAGUACUUCCGAGUGCAAUAG